AUGGCGGAGCUUCACCACACGAGUCAUCGCCAUCCACUCGUAUUCAAAGAAGACACCGCCGGUACAAUCGACACCAAGCACGACUGCGCUGGCUGCGCCAAACCGGUGUCGGGUUCGAGCUACGGCUGCACGGAGUGCGGGUUUUACCUCCACAAAAGAUGUGCUGAGGCGCCCUCGGAGAUUCACCACCCUGCUCACCGCGAACACCCUCUUCUUCUUCUUCCACCAUCCCAACAUCCAGAAACCGGUGUUUGUUGCAAAGUUUGCUACAAAAAGGCCAAGGGAUUUAUUUAUCAUUGUUCUUCUUCUUGUGAAAUUUACCUCGACAUCGAUUGCGCUUUGCUUCCAUGUUACACUAGUGUUGGAAACUUGGAUGAGACCCUUUAUGCUGCCCACCCUCAUCCUUUGGUUUCCAUUAAUCCAAUUGGAUGUUUUAACUGCAUGGGUUGUAGAGACCCUUUGAAAGUAAACGAUGCUUCAUACGCUUGUUUUGAUUGUAAAAUGUUCGCACAUAAAAAAUGUCUUGAACUACCUACUGAAAUUCGUCACCCUUGCCACCGCGAACACCGUCUUGUUCUUCUCUUUUCUCCACCAUCGUUGUAUUGGGAAAGAGAAGUUUGCAGCUUCUGUUACAGAGAGCUCAGGGGAUUUGUUUAUCAUUGUUCUUCUUGUGGACUUUAUCUUGACCUUAAUUGCGCUUUCCUUCCCCAAGACAUUGGUGCUGGAAACUUCUUCGAGAUCAGCCAUGUUGCUCACGCACAUCCUUUGAUCCCCAUUAAUCCAGCAGGACAUCUCAAGUGCAAUGGUUGUUUCUGCCAAAUAAAUGAGGCUUCAUACGCUUGUUUUGAUUGUACAAAGCUCUACCAUAAAAAAUGUCUUCAACUACCCACUUCAAUCUAUCAUCCUUGCCACCGGAAACACCAGCUUAUGCUCGAUUUCAAGGGUGCCGACUCUGUUUGCAACCUGUGUCGAAGAAAUUUUCAGGGAGAGUUUUUCUAUCGUUGUGUCCCUUGCAAGAUCGACAUUCAUGCCGGAUGUGCUUGGCCACCACCUGUUAUUGAAGAUAAAUCUCACCAUGAUCACCCCUUCACUUUGUUGUUAAGACCAAAUAAUCCCUUCUUUUGUAAUGCGUGUGGCGACCAAGGAGAUUAUGUUUCCUAUAUCUGUUCUACCUGCAACAUUCAAGUUCAUAAAGAUUGCACUUCAUUGCCGCGUCACAUUACACUUCGUCUCCAUCCCCAUCCCCUUUCCCACUGCUUUUUCCAUUGCAUUGACCACAAUGAUCCUAGAACUUGGGACUGUAAAAUCUGUUUCGAAAAUGUAAACAUCGAGCAUGGGAGUUACUAUUGUUCCCGGCCAGGUUGCGAUUUUGUUAUCCAUGUCCAGUGUUCCAUUAAGAAGAAGAAUUCAUAUAGUGUGUUUGAGGUUGAAAAUUUGGACGAAUUUGAGGAACCUGAUCCGCUGUACAAGCCCAUGAGCUGCAUCAUUCGUAUUAUCAAGGAAAUCAAAGUAGGGGAUGAUGUAAUAGCGGGAGAGAUAGAACAUGUCAGUCAUGAGCAUAAGUUGGUACUCUCAAAUGAAAUUAAGGAAAAUACUUUUUGCAAUGGGUGUGUGCUACCUCUCCUAUCCUCAUUUUAUUGUUGUCCACACUGUGAUUUCUUUAUCCACAAGACAUGUGCUGAGCUACCAAGGAAAUAUCAACCAUGGUCUGGUUUUGAACGCUUCAGUCUUCGCACAGAUGGUAUUUUCAUUUGUCGUAUGUGUCGAUAUUAUCAUAGUGGUUUCUAUUACAAAUUGGAUCGGAGUUCGAAUGCUUCUUAUUCUUACAUAUGCAUAAAAUGUGCUUCAAGAUCUCACAGUUUUACAUAUAAAGCUGAUCAGCCACAUUUCAUCUUCUAUGUUGAAAAUCAUGAAGGCAAGUGCAAUGCUUGUUGUGAAGAUUUACGGCGUGAUUAUGGGGUUUAUAGAUGCAAGGAUUGCACAUUUGGUUUGCAUGAGAGAUGUUUGACAUUACCACGCACUGUUCGGCAUAAGUGUGAUCAACAUUCUUUGACGCUUGCUUAUCAAGAUCCCGACGACUAUCCGUUACGACACUAUUGUGACAUUUGUGAGGAAAGAAGAGAUCCACGGAAAUGGUAUUAUCGUUGUGAAUCUUGUGACAAUGCUUUGCAUAUCAGAUGUGUUCUUGGGAAAGACUCAUUUAUCAAGGCCGGAACUAAAUACACAUAUAUAGGUCAUCCGCAUCCUCUCACUUUCGUCAGGAAGAUGUAUUACUACCCUGAAUGCAAUGACUGUGGUGAACCGUGCCAAGAUCUAGCCCUCGUGUGUGAGGAGCAUGGAUGCAAAUAUAUUGUUCAUUGGACCUGCAUUGUACCGAAAUCUCUAAUGGUGGAGCUGAUAGCGGCAGUGACACUAGUAAUGGCGGUGACACUGGUAGUGGCUGCAACACUGGUACCAGUGGUAAUGAUGUAUUAAACCGCUCAAUAAGAGAACUUGGUGUCGGAAAACAGAGUGGUUUUCUUGGGUGUAACCAUCAGUGGUAUUGUAUUGUUUUCUUUUUUCUGGUUUAGUCUUAGAUGAA